AUGGCUGCCCUCAGAUACCUGGUGAAGCCCAAGAUGGUCAAAAAGAGGACCAAGAAGUUCAUCCGGCACCAGUCAGAUCGAUAUGUCAAAAUUAAGCAUAACUGGCGGAAACCCAGAGGUAUUGACAACAGGGUGCGGAGAAGAUUCAAAGGCCAAAUUCUGAUGCCCAGCAUUGGUUAUGGGAGCUGCAAGAAAACAAAACACAUGCUGCCCAGUGGCUUCCAGAAGUUCCUGGUCCACAACAUCAAGGAGCUGGAAGAGCUCCUAAUGUGCAACAAAUCUUACUGUGCUGAGAUUGCUCAUAGCGUUUCUUCGAAGAAUUGCAAAGCCAUUGUGGAAAGAGCAGUCCAGCUGGCUAUUAGAGUCACCAAUCCCAACGCCAGGCUGCGCAGUGAAGAAAAUAAUAAACAGCUUGUAGGCUCCUCUCGGGAAGAGGCUGGGGAAACAAGAUACCUGGUGGACCUGCGCUAG